AAUUGGAAAACUUGCGAUCCCACGUGCUCAUCCUCUUCGAAUCGUUCACCGUUUGUGGUGUAGGUACUAUAAGUGAGAUUGUACGUUGGGAACCUUCGGCGGUCAAUGCAAGCAGUGCGUUCUUCCGCGAAUUGGCCUCGUACCUCGAGGUUGAACAGCUUGAACGCUAUAUAAAACUAAGUACGGGCCAAUUUACUCUUCAUCUUUCUUUUGGUGCCGACUAAAACAGUGUGGUGCUAAGUGUUUGGGUUCCAGUGCACCCCUCGACCUAGUGGAUUACUUUUUCCAAUUAGAAUACAACAAUGAGAUUUACCGUAGUACUUGCUUUCCUAACAUAUUUAGUAACGUUAGCGAGGGCGCAAUAUAAUUUUGGAGUAUUCGGCGACCCAUUUAGAAGUAUCGGGGGUGGUCUAGAAUCCCUACAAGCAAUGAGAGAUCCCAGACAAAACACAGGACCCGUGGUGUUCCCUCCAGCACCCCCAGAUAGCGGCGAAACUAGCGGGGUGGUCGUGGGAGCAUCGGGGUACGGAUUUGUACCACCACAAAGUCCCCAACGUGGAUAGAUUUAAUUAGUUUUUAAAUAAGCAUAGAGGAAUGUAAGUAUAGUUUCAAAUUACAAUUUCAGAUGUCGCUUUAACCACACAUGUCAUAAGGACAUACAAUAAAAAGUAUUAUAAAAGGAGAUAAUGAUUAUCUUUUAAAUUAAACAAAUGAUAUUCUUACCUGCAUACUAACCUUAUUACCUUGAUAGGAAAUACUUUUUUAUUUCAAUUCAGGUGUUAGUUUAAAGUUUGGUUAGAAGUUUGGAUGAAGACAAUGUUUUUUGAGGUGUACAUAUUGUCAAAAUCUAACCAACAAUAAUUUCUUCUGGUUAAAUUAUUGAUAAUGGAUUAAUUAAUUUAAAUGUUGAAGAUGUUGUAUUAAAGACGAUCCUGUAUUCUUUACAAACUUGAAAAAUUUAACUAUAAAUUGGAACAUUCCGUUAACGAUGUUAGAAAGUGUACUUAUAUAGGUAUUGAUUCACGCUUGUUGAUUUCAUUUAUUUAUAUCUAAUUUCAUUGUUUUUUCUUAUAUCUGAGAUUAAAUUUCAUUAGCAAAAAAGAUAACAAGUAAAUAAAGCAUCGUAGUUGAGUUGUAUAUAACAAUCAAAACUGAUAAAAUCGAAUUGAAAGUAUAACAGAAAAACAAACCUGUCAUUAAAGUGCUGUAUAUAUGUUGCCUACAUUACUACAAUUAUAAAUUCGAUAUCAUUAAAAUUAUAAUGUACAAUUUACUACUUUUAAAUAAAUUAUGUAAUGUCUAUUGUUUUUUGUUUUAUAUACAGAAAUAUUACACUUUCUCGAAACGGUACUAGCUUCGUGUUUGGUUCAAUCUUUCGAUCUGAUUUUUAAUAGAAGGUCGUCGAAAUUGAAAGCAAGGUUAUGGUCGUAACUACAAACGGUUUUUAUUAACCGCAGAGAAAAUAUUUAAAAAAACAUAUUAUGUAAAUACUGUUAUUAUAUCGAUGAAAAAUAUGAUUUUUGUUACAGGGUCACCCUACAACUCGUUUUUCUCUUUCUUUUGAAGUAUCAACAAUGACCAUUCGCUUAAUUCAUGAAAUUAGGUUAUAAUUUGACUUUUAUAUUUAGUAAGAUUUUUUAUAAAACGCAUUAGUAUAAUUAUUUAUUGAAAAUUUUGUAAAAAAUCUUACCGAAUAUAGUUCAAGGUGCAAAUACCAAUUUAUAUGUAAUUAUUCAUAACUGUAAAUUUUGUAAAUAAAUAUUUAAUGUUUAUUUAUAAUAACAUCGAUUUAGAGCUUUGUUUAAGAAUAUCUAUCUGUAUAAUGAUUGUGGUAGAAUCUUUUAAUGUAUCAAAGGAGUUAUCUUAAGUUUAAAAUUUUGCUCAAUUGCUAGACGGUAUUAUUUCUACUCCAACUUCUAUUUCGAUAUAUACAGAAGAUUCUACUUGUGAAUCAUCUUUAAGCAAAGCAUAUCAUUAACCUUAGACUAUUGAACACUUCAAAUAGUUCAAGAAUUUAACUUAGUUUUCAAAAUUAGUUAUGUAUAUAUUGCAUUUGUGAUCAUGCAAUUUUUAUUUAUUAAAAUAUUGUUAUGAAAA